AUGUUCUACGCUGUAAUGAGCAAUUCCCUGAACUCCAUCAUGCUAUUACUAAAAAAUUCAAUAGAUGCGAACGAAAAUAUAACUGACAUUGAUGCAGUCUGCGACGUUAUUGGACGUUUAGAAAACUUUCCAAUGACGAUGAAUCAAUUACAAGAUACUAGGAUUGGUCAACUUCUACAAACUAUCCGCCAUAAAGUAGAUAGACCUCUUCAGAAGCGGAUUCGACUUGUCAUCAAGGCCUGGCAGAAGCUGUUGAGUCCUGACUAUUCACAACUAUUUGUAAUUCCUUCAAAAGCGUCUGACAAAAGUGUAAAUACACCUCUUAGAUCAAAUGGUACACCAGCUAAGCCACACGUUCAUGAAACGUCUAGGCUGUCUACAAAUGCUAUGAAAACCUCAUCCCCUUCACAGUUACAACGUCCUGAUGUAGUCUGCAGCAAUGAGCCAUGUGUCCGUUCAACGAAGAGGAUCCUGCCAGAUCAUUUACUAGACAAGAAUUGUGACAAUACUGCAUCAAAACCACGUGUCUAUCAGACUCAGCAAAGCGAUAACUGUAAUUCCAAUGAAUCUAAACGCCAAAAAUUUGUAGACUUAUCAUUGCCUCCUACGAGCGUAUCAAUGCUAAGUCACAAUAAUAGUCCUUCGGUUAAGAUAUUAAAUGGCACUAGCGGUACAGAACCACAGGAUUCUCUAUUUCAACCAAACUCAGACUCCCCAGUAUCACAGUCGUGUACGUCGGCAAACUCUCGAUUACCACCUCUACAAAGUUUGUGCAAACCUCGUGUAACCAACUCUGCCCGUUUAUCAAAAGUUAAAUCCACCGCAGAGCUAGUUCAAGAGGCAGGCGACUGCAUUGAUUCCGCUACUGCUGAUCGUAUUCUAACAAACAGAAUUAGUAAAGAAGUUGAUCCAUCACGUGUAUCUUCUGUUACGCAGCCUGCAAAGCUACAUUUAAGCCGAACUUCUUCUGGUCCUCAUCAAACUUCAUGCAAUAUCACUGUUAAUAACAACGAAGUAACACAACUUCCAAAAGCCGGUACAUUUUCAGAUUCAAAGUCCCACAUGCAGCCUAAGUUUACCGAAACUUCUGCUUUACAUGACAAAAGCCGCAUCCCUGUUUCAGAUUCUUUCGGAAUGACGUCACAUUCAGGAGUGACGCAAACAGUUGCUCAUGAUCAAAAUUCACUUUGCCCGAAUAACAAUGGAAAUAUUUCGAAUCAGCCACUUCUCAUGAAUGUAAAUAGUGAAAUACAGGACUCCCAAAAAGUAAAAAAGAAAAAGAAACAUAAACAUCAUAAGCAUCACUCCGAUAUAUUGGAGGAGUCGUUUGGGUCACACUCCAAGAAACCGGAUGAUUGGGAAGAAUACAAAAAAUGUAUGCCUCCCGUAACUAAUUUCAUGGACGAUUGGCCAGUAUUACCAUCUUUACCAGCUGAGAUUGAUUGCAAUACUCUUGACAGUAGCUAUGUAACUACCUGUGAUAGUACUUUUUCAAGCAAUAAAGAGCAUAUCCUCUCUCCUACGGGGCGUACAGAAGGCACUGAACUUGAUUUUAUUUCUCCUACUGAAGUGUACUCAGUUUCGCUCGGUGACCAAUAUUUGCAUAUACUACCUUGGGUUGA